UCUCACUUUAGUUUUAGAUGUUGAUCAUUUAAGUAUAACGAUUUGCUCGGCUAAAUUAACUGUAUAUUCAUUUACACAUUUAUAACAAUUUAACUUGUACAUUUCUUGUUAUUAACCAUUCCCUUGAUUUUUUUGCUCUCUUUUUACAACAUUUUACAUUUUCUCUUUUUUCUUCAAUCUUCUAUUUCUUUUCCCUUUCUGAGUCAGGCUCGGUUGAUUUUGCGAAACUUAAGGUCGACUCCAUUGUAUGUAACCAGUUGAACAUUUAAUCAGUCAACAGUAAUACUUGUGUAAGUGUACAGUCGAUGUUGUCGUUUACCUAACAGCAAGUGGGCCUGAAAAGAUCAGGACAAGGUAACCAACAUUAAAUACUUUGUUUCUGUGCUUCUUGUGUUUCGCAGGUCAAAAGAAGCCAACAUUUGCCAUCUUUAUCCAUUUUUACCUUUGUGAUUGUGUUUGGUGAAUCUUAUUGCAACCCUAAUUUUACUUGAAGUGCUCUUUCUGGUUAUUAAUUCAAAUGUCAAUCUUCACCCGAAAUAUAUUAAAAGUGAACAAUCAACUUUUAUAAUCUUCAUUAGGAGCCAAACUAACCCACUAAUGGUGAAAGUUACGUCGUAAUGACCGGGGCUUCACCCAUUUUACCAUCUUUAAUUCCUAUUUUAACGCUAUUCUGGUUAAGAGUAGCUGAUGACAAUUUAUCUAUCAAUCGAAACAAAUGGGAUGUGGAAUAUGAUUACAUAAUUGUUGGAGGUGGCUCAGCUGGAGCUGUUCUAGCUAAUCGUCUCUCUGAGAAUCCAUCAUGGAAGGUUUUACUCCUAGAAGCUGGUGGAUCCGAGAGUGUACUCAGCGACAUUCCGGUUGCAGCAGCAACCCUACAAAUGACUCCAAUCGACUGGGCAUAUCAAAGUGAACCACAAGAAGCUUCAUGUUAUGGACUAAUCAACAGAAGAAGUCGAUGGCCUCGAGGACGAGUUUUAGGAGGUUCAUCGGUUCUUAAUUAUAUGCUUUACGUUCGUGGAAAUAGACGAGAUUAUGAUCGAUGGGCCAAAUUAGGGGCGAAAGGAUGGUCUUGGAAAGAGGUUUUCCCUUAUUUCCUCAAAUCAGAAGAUAACCAGGAUCCGGAUUUUCUGGCAAACGGUUACCAUUCAUCAGGAGGCUAUUUGACCGUUUCUCAACCGCCAGAUCCUUCGGCCCUUGCUUAUGCUUUCCCGAAAGCUGGUCGCCAUUUAGGUUAUCCCAAUGUCGACAUCAAUGGUCCAAUUCAAGCAGGUUUCAUGAUUCCUCAAGGAACCAUUCGUAGAGGUGCUCGUUGCUCAACUUCAAAAGCCUUCCUUCAACCCAUUAAGGAUCGAAGUAAUUUACACAUUCUACCUUUCUCUUAUGCCACUAAAAUAUUGUUCAACCAACAAAAGCGAGCCAUUGGUGUUCAAUUUGAUCGUUUUACCCUUACCCAUGUUGUCUAUGCUCGAAGAGAGAUUAUUUUAUCCGCUGGUUCGGUUAAUUCACCUCAACUACUUAUGCUUUCCGGUGUUGGAGCCAAAGAACAAUUGGAAACUUUGGGUAUUCCUGUUAUUUCUGAUUUACCUGUUGGUGAAAAUUUACAGGAUCAUAUCUAUCCAGGAGGAAUUCAUUUCACUAUUACUGAGGAAGUGUCGUUGGUCCAAAGACGAAUUGGAAAUAUCAAAAAUAUAAUUGAUUACUUUGUUCAUGGAAAAGGACCAUUUACUGUUCUUGGAGGUGUUGAGGGCCUUGGAUUCAUUAAAACUAAAUAUACCAAUUUUUCUGAUGAUUGGCCUGAUUUUGAGAUUCAUAUGAUCUCUGGAAGUCCCACUUCAGAUGAUGGAACCGUUUUACGUCGAGUUCAAGGGUUUACCCGAGAAAUGUGGGACUCAGUUUACCGUCCGUAUCUCCCAUAUGAUACUGUUUCAAUGUAUCCAGUUAUGUUGCGUCCUAAAUCAGUUGGCUAUGUUCAUCUUCGGUCUGCAAGUCCAUAUGAUCCGCCAAUCAUUAAUCCUCGUUAUUUAACCCAUCCAGAUGAUAUUGCCUCCAUGGUUGAUGCCAUGAAAAUAUCUAUUGCUGUCGGAUUAGCUCCAGCUUUCCGUGCUUUAGGUUCAAAUGUAUUCCAAACCGUUUUUCCUGGUUGUGAAAUUUAUACCAUGUGGUCUGAUGAAUAUCUGGCCUGUGUUGCUCGUACUUAUACGUCAACACUUUAUCAUCCUGUUGGUACUUGUCGGAUGGGUGAUCCUCGUGAUCCAAGAACCGUGGUUGAUCCUUCACUUCGUGUUUUAGGUGUUUCUGGUUUAAGAGUAGCUGAUGGCUCUGUUAUGCCCACUAUUGUUUCUGGUAACACUAAUGCACCGAUAAUUAUGAUUGCUGAAAAGCUGGCCGAUAUGAUUAAAGGUGAAUCCUACAAGCACAAAUUACCUGAUGUAUUUGAUGAAAGCUAUGACGAUUUUAAAGAGCAUCCUGAUUUCAUGAAGAGUGAGCGUGAAUUAGGUAACACUAAUUAUGAUUUUGUUUUAGAAACUAUUACACAAUUAGUUAAUGAUGCUAAAGCUAAAGCAAAACGAUAAAAGGCUUGACCAACUAAUUUAAGAACAAUUUAAUAUUAAUCAAUUGAUUAAUGUGAUAACUAUACUGUGAUGAAACUAAACAAGCCAAAAUAAAUCAUCCUCAUCAUAAACAACUUAAUCAUAUUUCUCAUCAUCAUUAAUAUAAAAUAAGCAUCAAUCCUCAUUCAAUAUUUUUGCGGAAACAGAUAGAGUAUUCAACAACAAAGUUCAAUCCAUCUGCUACAAUUAUCAACAAAAUUUUAUAAUAUGCUAUCAACAAUUUGAAGUUUAAAAAUUCAAAAUAGACAAUACUAAUAACCGGACACUGAUUCAAUUGACAAUCUAAAUCCCAGUUAAAAAUUUUAUCCUCUCAAAAAUGUCGAUCAUCACCAACUGUAAUGGAUUAAAAAAUCCUCGUUAUUUCUGAUGAAUAAAUUAAGACACACUUUGCAAUCUUCA